AUGAGCGAACAGCGGGCCAUGUCCCAGCCCCAGGGUUCAGGAAACACCAUAUACGCAGCAAUCACUGCAAUUGUUUCGGCGAAUCUCAUCCUAGUCGCAUACAUAAUCACUGCCGCCGCCGAAGAAAGUUCUGCAAAACCCUCGGAUUCGAAAGGAACGGAGUCCGAGACGAAGAAGGACAAGUGA